CGAAAGUCGAACGUCUUUAUCUCUUUGAUUAUACCCUUUACGAUUCCAUACUUACUGGGCCGACCUUGGAUGGGUUGUAUCCCAAGAAAAGAGUUCAAAGCUAGCUAUAGAAAUGGCAGUAAUAUCCGUCACACCAAUGGAUCUGACGGAAACCGCUGAUGACCUUCCUUCAGACGUUUUGCUACUAUGGCAGCAGGCGUUGGCUAGGUAUCAUAAGAGCACAGGCGAAGAUCUUCAGAAGGUGACCAAAGACGUUUCUUCAGAUUGUAAUCAACUAGUCGACCUUUUCGAUUCGAUGAGGGCGUUUCUAGAGCAUUUAUCAAUCAUCGAGGGGAAAUUGCCUUCAAUUCCCGCAUACAGGUCUCAUGUUAUGCUUGUCUUCUUAGCUUUGUUGAGCGGAAAAUGGGCCAAAGCUUUCAGGGAUGUGGGAAACGAUGAGGAUCUGCAAUCGGCCAAAUCUACGAUGAAGGAGUCACUCGCGCAGCUUGAAUCUGCGUCACUCACGGUCAUCCUCACUACUACGCAAGAUCUGAAGCAGGACACAAACACCAUUGUUACCCAAACCGAAAGAAUCGACUCUAGGACUGAAAGGAUCGAAGUCUCUAUCCUUGCCCAACGAGAGGAGUUCCACGAUAUAUGGGUUUUGGAUGAAGAAGCUUACCAGGUAUGGCGUGAAGGAACCACUAAUCCAUACCUCUGGAUCUCCGGUGACACUCGCCUUGGAAAAACCUCCGCUGCAUUUUUAUUGUCCAAAGAAUUAGAGGAAGCAUUUGCCUCCGAGCCGAAGACCUCUAUUGCCGCUUUCGACUACCAGGAUGAUCAAGCCGAAUUUAUGUCCGUAUCAAAUGCGUUUUCUAGCAUGAUUAUCCAAAUCGCAGGAGGAAAUAGCGGCUAUUGUGAGCAAGCAUCGUCAGAAGCCGGAAAGGAUGGAGGGGUUGACACUGAUGACUGGACCGACUUAUGGGAGCGGCUUCUUCCAAUCCAAAUUCGGAAGCGGAAACUGCGGAGGGACAUGACUCUUCUGAUUGAAGGCAGAUUGAGACGCUUCCAAAACCUAUAUGAAUUUGGCAGGCGAACGAAAAAGAAAAUACUCUCCAAAUUACUGGAAAAAUCUGAUUCAAUGCUAUAUGUCGACCAUAUGCUGCGGCGAUACAAUUCUAUUGGUAGGGAAGGAAUGGUGUUGAAGGACCUCGAAACGAGCUUUCCAGAUAGUCUCCAAUCUGCUUAUAACAUUCUGUUGACUGAGGCUCAGCAGCGCAGAACCUCCGAACACCUGCAAUAUUCAAGCAGUUGUUAUUGUGGCUGGCGUUUGCAAAAUAGUGUUAUAAAAGAGGUUGAAGGGAAAUCAUCAAGCAAUUUGAGAAUUACACGAUCAAAGAAAACCGAGACAAGGAGAGUGAUGAUAAUGAAAAAUUUCCUUGAUGACGGCUCUAUUGCCUCGAACAUGAUAGCCGACGACAACGCUGCAACAUUACAAUUUCUGGAUAGAUCUUUAAGGGGCUACUUUCGCUCUGGCGAUGUGGGCGAAAGUGGUUUACGAAAGCCUUCUUCUGCUCAUCUUACAAUGUUUGCGACGUCUGUCGAUGUGAUAUGUGACCGCUACAAUUCAGCAUACGAGGCCGGGGGAAAAGAGUUAAAAGAUUAUGCCAUUAAUUUUUGGGCUGAUCACUUUUUGGAGCUUGAUCCUGUUUCUGCAACGGAGCUAGAUCUCCUGCGAGUUAUUGAAUCUCUGUCUCUCGUCCUGAACGAUCACAAUAAUGCCGCAAAAGAGCUCGAAUUAGGGCUAGUCUACCCACGGGGCCAUAUCUCGAAUUGGUUCCAGCAGAUACAUGCUGAAAGUGAAUCCUUUCGUUUCGCAUCGGAUGAAAAGGCAUAUCGAGCCAUUGGACUCAUUUUGAAAGACUAUGGGCACUAUGAUGCGGGAAUUGUCGCAUGUGCUGCAUUGGGAAUAUCUAUCUCGGAGGCAGAUCGUUUUCGCACAUUAGUUGUUCUCGUGCAGGUAUAUGCAAAAUUAUAUGAUGACGAAGAAGGCGACGAAUCUGACAACGACUCUGGCGAUAUCUCUGAUGAGGUCUCUGACGUCGAAUCCAACAGUGGGAAUGCCGGGAACGAUCCCAACCAAUACAAUGCCAUAGCAUAUAAGACGAUCUGCGAAGCUCUUUCCAGUAGACCUUCUUCCGUGGAUGAUCCCACUACAGAAGAGGAAGCUCGACUUUUGAUUCGAGAAGCGCUACUAAUCCAGGGUGACUGCGAGCGUGCUAUGGAUAGAGUCGAUGAGGCUGUGAAAUCUUACGGGGAAGCGAGAAUCAUUUGCUCCUCCGAGAUCCUGGAUGGGGUUUCUCUGAACGAAAUAAAAGAAAUUCUUGGAGAACAAUCGAGAUUCGUGGAACUUAUGGAGAACGUUGAACAGUGA